AAUUGGGUCGCGUAAAGAAGGAUAUAAAAUAAAAAAUAAAAAAGUCUCAACUAAUGAGAUAUUAAGGCGAGAUCAUUAAUUAAUUACCCAAACUGUCAAUUUGGUUUUUUUUUUGUAAAAUCAGACUAAAAAAAACUAACAUUAAAUCACUUUGAGUGUUAAAUUAAAACUAUUUAAUUAGAAAUGUUUAGGGUUCUUUUAGAUUUGUGUGUACUUUGUCACCUUUGCUCCUCCUCACCGUCUGCUGUCCUGGCUCAACUUCAGCAGACGGUGAGGGGGAGGGAGGGGCAGGUGUCACUGUCAUUCAGCCCCACAGCACCAGUGUGGUCGGGCCAGUGGGUAGGAGGGCCGGGGUGGGGUGGCGGGUACAAGCGUGGUCAAGGACUGCUAGACAUGUGGACUAGCUGGAAAAGAAGUUUGGAAAUCCUGCAUUUGUAACUGAGAACCAUGAGAUGUUAGCGAGCCGCCUGCUGCACGCUAACAUCACCCAGGACCACGGAGCCAACAGUUGGAUCAAGUUUUUGAUUUAAGGAGUCCCUGCCCUCCUACAGCACUCUGCCGUCUUCAAGACAUGAAAAAUCCAGAGUCCAAAGACAUGGAGGAGCAGAAGUCAGACGAUGCAGACUUGGCCAAGGCCAUAAUGGCUCAUCGGUUCCAUCCCUCCGUCAUCGGCCCAGAGGCCUGGGAAGGCUACACUUUCUCAGACCAGGAGAUCCGGAUCAAAGAGUCCACAGAUCUCUACGGAGCCGUCCUCUGGCCCUCGGCGAUGGUGCUGUGUCACUUCUUAGAGACCAACAGAGACAGAUACAACCUGGCAGACAAGAACGUCAUCGAACUGGGGGCCGGGACUGGACUGGUCACCAUCGUGUCCAGUAUGUUAGGGGCGAAGGUGACCUCCACUGACCUACCAGAUGUGUUGGGAAACCUCCGCUACAACGUCAUGCGCAAUACAAGGGAUCACUGCAAAUACACACCUGUGGUCACCGAGCUAACCUGGGGUCCAGACGUGAAGCAGCGUUUCCCACGAGCCACGCACAGUUUUGACUACAUCCUGGCAGCAGACGUGGUGUAUUCCCACCCAUACCUCCAGGAGCUGAUGGACACGUUUGACUUCCUGUGCCAGGACAACACGCUGAUCCUCUGGGCAAUGCGUUUCCGCUUGGACCCAGAAAACAGCUUCGUAGAUCGCUUCAAAGUGCGGUUCCACCUGGAGGAGCUGUACGACCUCCCGAGCCUCAGCAUCAAACUGUACCGAGCCUGGAGGAGGGACAAGAAGACACAGACGACGACAGACGACAGAUGUCUGUGACUGAAACAGACUUCAGUAACCAGUAACCAGUUGGUGUCAAACUCCAUCAGUCGUCCCGUUUUUACUUCCUGUUUUCCCUUUUUUUUGUCUUCCUUCUGCAUCACUUCCUUCUUUUCUUGGACAUCAGUUGUUGAUUAUUAUAUUUAUGACAGUGACGUGGUCCAGAUUCAGUGCACAAACCUUGACUUUGACAUAUGUGGGCUAACAGAAAUGAC